CGUCCCCGAUGUGAAUGCCAGAUUUUUAUUUUUUUAAUCUAUAUAGAAAUCAUUGGCAAUUAAAAAAAUACGCUAAACAACACGAGUUGGGUAGAGAGCAUGUUGCAAGAUGCAGAUCGUGAUCCUUAGUGGCACAAAGUUGAUGAAGCCAUGGCGAUACCUGAGGAAGUAGCCCUUCUUGAGGAUUACGUCAGCUCCUCCGUCGACCACCGCGGCCUUCCCGCCGGAAAAUCCUCCACCGGCGGAUACAGAUCCGCUUGGUUCAUCAUAGGUGUGGAAGUGGCGGAGAGGUUCGCUUACUUCGGGAUCUCAUCGAAUCUCAUCAACUACCUCACCGGACCUCUCGGCGAGUCAACGGCGGGGCGCCGCCCCCUACAUCUAGGAUGGGCGGCCGCCGCCAACAUCAAUGUCUGGUCGGGAACCGCCUCUCUUCUUCCUAUCCUCGGAGCUUUCGUCGCCGACGCUUAUCUCGGUCGUUACCUCACUAUCGUCAUCUCCUCUCUCAUCUACGUACUGGGACUUGGACUUCUGACUUUAUCUGCUGUACUUAUUCUCAACGACAUGUCCGCCGCCGACAAAACCUCUCCGGCGGCGGAAUCUCCGUUUUCAUUGGUGAACAUUCUGUUCUUCUCGUCUCUGUAUCUCAUAGCGAUCGCCCAAGGCGGACACAAGCCAUGUGUCCAAGCUUUCGGGGCUGAUCAGUUCGACGCCGAUGACCCACGUGAGAAAAUGGCGAGAGCCUCCUUCUUCAACUGGUGGUUCCUCAGUUUAUCCGCAGGCAUCACCUUGUCGAUCGUCGUUGUCGUUUACGUCCAGGACUACGUAAACUGGGCCCUAGGGUUCGGUAUCCCUUGCGUUUUCAUGGUGGUGGCUCUUGUCCUUUUCUUGCUCGGGAGCAGGACCUAUCGGUACUCCAGAAUACAUGAGAAGGAGGACAACGCUUUCGCAAGAAUCGGUAGAGUUCUGUUCGUAGCUUUCAAGAAUCGCGGUCAGCCGCCAUGUCCGGACAAGACCGACCUCGAGGCAAGCUCGUCCCGGGAAUGUACAGAACAUGGCUGGUCGCUUUCCCCAAACCAUAACGAGGAAGAAGGUUCAAGGCCAUGCAGCGAGACGGACGUGGAAGACGCAAUGGCACUUGCAAGGCUAAUCCCGAUAUGGAUCACGACUAUCAUCAGCUCGAUUCCGUAUGCACAGUACGCGACUUUCUUCACGAAACAAGGCCUGACAGUGAACAGGAAGAUCUUGCCCGGUGUCGAAAUCCCUCCAGCUUCUCUUCAGAUGCUAAUCGGCGUAUCGAUCGUUCUCUUCGUCCCGCUUUACGACCGAGUCUUCGUCCCGAUCGCGAGGUCCAUAACCAAACAGCAAUCAGGAAUCACAAUGCUACAAAGAAUAGGAGGAGGGAUGAUAUUAUCAGUUCUCACAAUGGUGGUGGCAGCUCUAGUGGAGAUGGAACGGCUCAAGACAGCGAAAGAUUACGGACUCGUAGAUAAACCGAAGACAACGGUUCCGAUGUCGAUAUGGUGGUUCGUUCCGCAGUAUCUUAUGGUCGGACUGGGAAACGUGUUGACCCUUGUCGGGACACAAGAGUUCUUCUACGACCAAGUUCCACGCGAACUGAGGAGCAUCGGUCUGUCGCUGUCUCUGAGCGCGUUGGGAAUCGGCAGCUUUCUGAGCAGCGUGCUGAUCUCGGUGAUUGACUCGGUCACGGUCGGGGAGAGCUGGUUCGACAACAACCUGAAUGAAGCCCACCUCGAUUAUUUUUACUUGCUACUUGCUCUCAUCGCUGCUUUUGGCUUCGCUACCUUCUUGUUAUCUGCCAAGUCUUAUUCUUAUCGGCCGUGACCAUGCCAUAUAAUUUUCUUAUCCAGUUUUUGUUUUAUAACCAUGUUUAUAUAAUGUUCAUACAAUUGAAUAUAACAGAAAAUAAAAUAAAAAAUGUGUUUACUUG